UCUGUUCAGAGGAAGUGAAACUAUUCCCCAGUCACUGGAACCGAGAGGGAAAAUGGCGCAGCAACAACCUCGACUUGAUCAAGAGAGAAUAUCCUGUUCGAUCUGUCUGGACCUCCUGAGGGAUCCAGUGGCUAUUCUUUGUGGACACAGCUACUGUCAGAGCUGUAUUCAAAGUUUCUGGGAUGAAGAGGACCAGAAGAAAAUCCACAGCUGUCCUCAGUGCAGAGAAACCUUCACACUGAGGCCUGUUCCGGUGAAAAACACCAUGUUAGCAGAGUUAGUGGAGGAGCUAAAGAAGACUGGACUCUAUACUGCUCCUGGUGAUCACUGCUACGCUGGAUCUGAAGAUGUGGCUUGUGACUUGUGCACGGGGAGUAAACUGAAAGCUCUCAAGUCCUGCCUGAUGAGUAUGGUCUAUUGCAAGAAACACCUCCAGCCUCACUACGAUGCAGCUCCUCUAAAGAAACACGAGCUGGCCGAGCCCUCCAAUAAGCUCCAGGAGAACAUCUGCCCUCUCCAUGCUGAGGUGAUGAAGAUGUUUUGCCAGACUGAUCAGCAGUGUAUCUGUUAUCUCGGCUCUAUGGAGCAACAUAAAGGUCACGAUACAGUGUCAGCCGCAGCAGAAAGGGCUGAGAGACAGAAGAUGCUUGAGGAACAUUGGCAACAAAUCCAGAGGAGAAUCCAGGAUGGACACAAUGAGAUGAAGAAGCUCCAGCAUGAGGUGGAAGACACCAAUCACGCUGCAGAUAAAGCAGUGGCAGACAGUGAGAAGAUUUUCACUCGGCUUCUCCGUCUGAUUAAGAAAAGAAACUCUGAAGUGAAGCAGCAGAUCAGAUCCCGGCAGAAAACUGAAGUGAGUCGAAUCAGAGAGCUUCAGAAGAACUUGGAGCAGGAGAUCGCUGAUCUGACGAGGCAAGAUGCUGGUUUGGAUCAGCUCUCACGCACAGAAGAUCACAUCCAUUUUCUGCAAAAUUACCCCUCGCUGUCACACCUCAGUGACCUUACAUUCUCCUCCAGCAUCAAAAUCCAUCCUUGGAGGCACUUUGAGGACAUGGUGGCAGCUGUGUCAAAGCUCAGAGAUGAGCUACAGAUCAUUCUGAGAGACAAACGGGUGAAAAGCUCACAGACAGAGACUGAAGUGGAUGUUUUACUGCCAGAUCCAGAACCAAAGACCCGAGCUGACUUCUUAAAAUAUUCAUGCGAAAUCACCCUGGAUCCAAAUACAGCCAACAGAGAGCUGUUGUUAUCAGAAGGGAACACAAAAGCAACAUGGGGGAGCCGGGAACCGUUUUGUUGCAAUCAUCCAGACAGAUUCAUCGGAUGUGUCCAGGUUCUGAGCAGAGAGAGUCUAACGGGUCGUCAUUACUGGGAGGUGAAGUGGAGCGGAGAAGGAGUUUAUAUAGCAGUUGCAUACAAGAAUAUUAAGAGAAGCGGGCCGUGGAAUGAAUGUGGAUUUGGAUACAAUGACAAGUCCUGGGCAUUAGAUCAUUUUGGCAAUAAUUAUUCAUUCACGCAUAACAACAUGUACACUCCAGUCUCAGGUCCUUGGUCCUCCACCAUAGGAGUCUAUCUCAAUCACAGUGCAGGUAUCUUGUCCUACAGUGUCUCUGAAACCAUGACUCUCCUCCACAGAGUCCAGACCACGUACACUCAGCCGCUACACGUUGGACUUUGGUUUUAUAGGUUUGGAGACUCUGCGAAGUAUGUAAAAUCAACUGUCAAUCAAACAGUGUGGUUGAGGCUGUCACACAAUAGAUCUUUUUCUGUCGCUGUUUGUUCGAUUUGUCGAUAG